UAUCCGCUCAACAUUCUCCGCUGCUGAUCAACAGGGACAGGUUUCCGUUAUGGCAGGGGUAGGAACCGAGGACCCCAGCUUGGAUGACACAGAGCUCCGUGAUAUGGAUGAGGACCGAUUGUGGGAGAUGGUGGAAGGCCAUCGGUACCGAAUUGUGCGGGGUAUUUGCCCAAGCCGGCUGACCCCUUACUUGCGACAGGCCAAGGUGCUGGGCCGACUGGACGAGGAAGAGGUGUUGCACAGCCCACAGUUCACAAACAGUGCCAUGAGAGCUGGUCACAUGUUGGAUCUCUUGAAAUCCCGUGGGAAAAAUGGAGCACUUGCCUUUUUGGAAAGUCUGAAACUCCACAACCCUGAUAUUUAUACGCUCAUCACUGGCUUGGAGCCUUCCAUAGACCACAACAAUUUCAGUGGCCUGAUUGAGAGUUCCCAGCUCACUGAGUGCUUGGGCAAGGCUGUGAGCAGCCUCCAGGAGGAGCUGAGCCAGGAGAAGCGACAAAAGCUAUCCCUGCUACAACACUGCCGUCAGCUGAAGGAGAAAGCUGCUCGACUGGAAGCCCAGGCCGAAAGCCUGAGGGGCAUUGAGGCUGAGUGUAACCGCAUGAAGCGGGAGCUCAGUGCUCACUUCCACGAGGCCCUGAAGCUGAAGGAUGAGCUGUACGGCCUGUCCUUGCGCUACAGCAGUGCUCUGCAGGAGAAGGACCUGGCUAUUACCCGCUGCCAGAGCCUGCAGGAAGAGCUCUACGUGAUGAAGCAGGAAUUGCAGCAUGCCCGGGUAUCAUCCUACUGUGAGAGGGAGCUAUCCCAGAGGGUGAAUGGAGACAUGCAGCCACAGGCAGAUGAGCUGCAGAUGCUGAAAGAAGAGAAUGAGCAUCUUAAGUCACUUGUGGAUCUGGAGACUUUCAGUGUGGUACAGAAGGACAUUCUAGAGCAGACCCUUGAUGAGGCUCUGGAGGGCAAGCAGGAGCUGCUGAACCGAAUCCACUCGUUAAGGGAGCAGGCAGCGCUUGCUGAGAAUCAGCGCAAGCAGUGCUGGGAAGAAAGACAACACACUCUGAUCGAGUGCCAGAGGAUGAAGGUGGACUGUGAGAUUUACAAGGAGAAAAUUAGCGCCCUCCAGGCACAAGUGGAUGACCUGCGGAGAGAGAGAGAUCAGGCUUACAGUGCAAGAGAUGCUGCCCAGGCAGAAAUUUCCCACAGUCUACGUGAGAAAGAUUCACUCCGUCGCAGAGUCUUUGAGCUCACUGAACAGAUCUGGGAAUUCAGGAAAGAGCAGGUUCAGAGGGAUGGGCCUUCCUGCUCAGAGUCCACGCAGUAUUGUCCAAAGAGGAAGCAGCCGCUAAUGCGCAUGCAUGCAGUUUGCCUCCGGGAUGACAACCAGGACAGCCUCUUGAGCAUAUCUGAGCACUGGUUGGAUUUAAGCAGCCGGUCAAGUCAAGAGCUAGCUGAGAGCUUCCGGUCCUGCAGCCCUGUCCCACCUUGCAAGGAUUCCCUGCAGAGGAGAGCCAUGCAAGAGAGGUCCUUUUCUAGAAGCAGUUCGCAGGAGUUUUUGGAGGAGGAUUUUGCUCUUCUGUCUGAGGAGAAAGUAGAGGAUCCCACUUCUGAAUAUGAGAUGGUGGGGAAAGAUGAUGGCACCUCCCAGUUGCUCCACAUGGAUCCCUGCAUUUCAGAGAGUGUACCCAUGCGCCGGCGGCUUGCACAGCGCUUCCCAAGCCGCAUCACCACCAUUGCUUUCCAAGCCAAUGCUCUGCUGGAUCAGAUUAGUGUCAUUGGAGGCAACCAGACGGGCAUCUUCAUUCACCAAGUCACGCUAGGAUCUGCUGCUGAUGAGAUGUCCAUAUCACCAGGCCAACAAAUUGUGAUGGUGGACUAUGGAGUGAUGGAACCAGGUUUCAAGGCUGUCCUAGAAGACGCAACGCUUGAGGAGGCUCUUUGGGUCCUAGAGAGGGUGAAUGGUUUCUGCUGCCUGUCUGUGAGGCCCAACAUGGAGGGUUAUAAGAAGCUGCUGAGCGACUUGAACUCCAAGCUGGUAACAUCUGGUGACUCUUUCUAUGUUCGGUCCAAUCUUUGUCUUGAGAGGCAAAUGGCCAGUCAGCUUCAAGUGGGGUGCCAUGAUAUUCUGCAUGUUACCGAUACAGUGUGCCAGGGCCGAACCCAUUGGAUUGCCUGCCACGUGAAUGCCUACACCACGAAGGACAUGGAUGCUGGCACUAUCCCCAGCUACUGCCAGGCUCAGCAGCAUCUCAUUACUCUAAUACAGGAGCUGGCACAGAAGAGCACCGUUUCUCACAAGAAUUCUGGGGCACAGCCCAAGUUGGUGCGUAUCGUUAGCACAGACAAUAAGAAGGUUAAUCCACUGUGGUCAUCCAUGGACUGCAGUCUGUUGGACUCCAGCAAGCCGGAUGUGUGCCCCAGGGUCAGCCUCCACACCAGAAGCUGUGUUACUCUGAUGCCCUACACUCUGGUCAAGCCCUGUAGGCCUGGCCGGCCACGGCCAGUCCUCUUGGUGCCAGCACUUUUGGGGAGAAUCAUGGCCGACAAGCUUUGUCUGUCCAAGGGCGUUGAGAAAUGUCCAGCAGAGCCUCAGAAUGAAACACAGAGCAGAGAUGCACUCCCUGACAAGAGACAUACAAACAGCAGCUGUUGCGUUCCACACCAGGCUCUGGAGGUGCUAAUGGAGAAGAACAUCCAUGGCUGGCUGGACAUGGGCCUGGAGAAAGUUCAGGAACUGUUGGCUAUGGAAAUCUAUCCCAUCAUUAUCCUGGUCAUCAUCAGUGAGAAGAAUGGCAAGAAGUUCAGGAAAGCCCUACAGCGCCUUGGAGCAAGUGAGGAACAGCUUUUGGAGAGUACCCGGAAAGAGGAGGCUCAGCUUGAGAGAGUGCCCUGCCUGUAUGGCACCAUCACCCCUGAUGCCUGGAAUGACCUCGAUGCACUUGUCAGUUGUGUCCGUGCAGCCAUCGCUGAUGAGCAAAAGAAGGUGGUGUGGGUGGAACAAGUGCCUCAUUGACUCUUUCAGGAGUCAGGCAUGCUUGAGGUAAUCAUUUAACUCAGG